CCGUCCUCGGCCUCCACGCCGGGCCUGGUGCUCUUCCAGCUCUCAGCGGCUGGAGACGUCUUCUACCAGUGCCUCUGGCUGCAGGCGGACUCGAGCCUCUGCAGAGAUGCCGGGCCCCCUGGCCACCCCAGGCCUCCUGGUGACCCCGGGCCUGACUGCCCUGCCCCCACAGCCUCUUGGACCCCUCAGGACACUGCCUGCUGCAGCCAGUGGCUGAAGGUCCUGCUGGAGGUGCCCCCGGAUCCCCCCGUGUGGGCCGCACCCACCUUCUCCCACCGCCAGCAGCUGGGCCACGUGGAACUGCGGAGGGAUGGCGGGAAAGUGCCAGAGGCUCUGCGGGAGGCCAUGGCCAAAGGGCAGCUCCUGCUGCAGAGGGACCUGGGCCCCCUCCCCACGGCAGAGCCACCUCCCGCACCCGAGUCAGUCCCGGAGGAUGAGCUCAGUGAGCGUCUGGGGGAAGCCUGGGAAGGCCGAGGGGCUGCCUGGUGGGAGCGGCGGCAGGGCAAGACCUCGGAUCCUGGGAAACGGCCCAAGCGGCCCAAGCGCCGGACUCAGCUGUCCAGUACCUUCUCCUCGCUCAGUGGCCGCUUAGACCCCUUGGAUGCCACCAGCCCGCCUCACAGCCCACAGCAGACAUCUGCUAAGGCCAGGCCUCAGCCCCCAGCGACCCCACCCUCCCAGGAGCCGACCGCAGAUGUGUGGGCCCAGGGCAUCCCCCCAGAGCGGCGCAAAACCCUCCAAGACUACAUGGCCAAGCUGCCCCUCCAAAGGGACACCCCGGGAUGCACCGCCACACCCCCCCCCUCCCCGGCUUCCAGCAUCCGGGCCACCCCCUCCCAGCAGCACACACUUGUCCCCUCUGGUUCACAGCCCCACAGGAAGAAGCCUCGCAUGGGCUUCUGAAGGCACAGGGCAGGCUGCCGCCCA